ACAUUGUUAAGAGCAACAUCAGUGUCUGAUGAGUACAGCAGCUGUAGCAAGACCAGGCGACAGAGCAGUGCCUGAUAACAGCAGCAGCAACACAGGAAGAAGCUGCACAUCCAUAAGUACUCUACAGCAGCAGCAGUUGUGGCCAGAGCCAAAGAUGAGUCAACACCACCACAAUGGCCACAGGAAACAACACAACAAGAAAGUCAGGAUUAACAGGGCGAGGAAGAGGCAGAGUUUGGUGACGACUUCUGCUGUGUUGCGGCUGUUUAUUGUGAUGGCUGCUACGGUGUCUCUUGUCCAAACCCUGCCUCUCCCGGCCCCUGCUGACACCCUGCCUUUUCCGGCCCCUGCUGACACCCUGCCUCUCCCGACCCCUGCUGACACCCUGCCUCUCCCGGCACCUGCUGAUACCCUGGCUCUCCCGACCCCUGCUGAUACUCUGCCUCUCCAGGCUCCUGCUGAUACCCUGCCUCUCCAGGCUCCUGCUGACACCGUGCUUGUUAAUAUGGUGCCUGAUGGCACAGUACCUGCUGACAUGGUGACUGUUGACAUGGAGUUAGUUGACAUGAUUCCUACUAACACUCUGCCUGUUGGCACGGUGCUUGCUGAUAUCCUGCCGGUUGAAACGUUAUCUGCUGGCACUCUGCCUGCUGACAUGGUACCUGCUGAUCCAUCAUCUGGUGACUCAUCGCCUGCUGAUCCAUCAUCUGCUGACUCAUCGCCUGCUGACCCAUCAUCUACUGAUCCAUCACCUGCUGACCGGACAACUGCCUACCUGUUUCCAUCUACUCUGUCCUCAACUUAUCCAACUCGUCAAGGUGCAUGCGCUGAGGAUGAAUUCAGCUGCUUGGAUGGUUCUAGAUGCAUACCCAUGAAUUGGCAAUGUGAUUUCGGACGUGGCUGCGAUGAUAACUCCGACGAACUUUCUUGUGGUAAGUCGGGAUGUGUGUUGCACUCGAAAGACUUCAGUCAAAUAUCAACAUUUAUUAAUACCUAAUAUUUCAUAAAUAUUACUUCUAAAUGUUCUUGGCUUGAAAUAGGAGCGGCCAGUACGCUCAUUCACAGAUCCAUAGGUAACUUGAAAAAUGAUUUGUUAUCGUUAAAAUAAAGGAAAUGUUAAGUUUGAUUCUUAAUUUGAUAAAUCAAACAAAAGAUAAUAAUAUCUUUGUCAUAUAUUCUAUGUUGUUGUCCUCUAUUCCACU